CUAGGCUAUAGGCUGUGGUUGGCUCUGCUGAUGGAAGGACUCGGGAUGGAUCGAGUUACACCAUUUGCCGUGCAUUAGUUUGUUUUCCCCGCUCGGAACGCAGAGAGACACUUCAAGCUUGACUCAGAGUUGUUGCGAUCCAAAUCGCGUAAAGAGAAUCACGGAUUCAGAUGAGAAAAUGCAGCGUUACGAACGUUUGAGCCGGUAAAAAAAAAAAGAAACGAAAAGAAAAAGAUUUCCAAAACACCAGAAGUACUCUAGUUCUAUUUCUGCAGCGCAAAAAAAGAAAAAAAAGAACUGGAGCUAUUUUUAUUCACACUGUUACCCGUUCACAUCGAUUCGGAUUGUUUAUAAGCGGAGUGACGCACGCGCUUAAAGUUCUUCAUCUCGAGAUAAUUACUUAGUUGGCUUUAAGCUAUUUGGUUUGGGUUGUAUUGGUAUGGUUUGGUGAAUGACGGGGGGGUGGUACUAGAGGAGAGGGAGGGUCUUGGUGCCAUUUGAUCGGUGAGCUUUUGAAGAUCACAAAGCUUUAUCCCGAGGACGAGCUGGACGAGCCCCACGGGCUCCAGGAAUUGGUUGGCGUGGUUCGGAUAAAACAAACACAUGAGGAUCUCUUGGCUUUGUGGACCGAGCUGCACACAUGCUUUCUGAUCUUCACUGGAUUUAACAGCGUAAACCACUUUGGAAUAUAACGCGGAGGGUGUCAUAGUCUACAUGCUCGUUUGGAGAACGUUCAGGUAACAUUUACAUAAGUGCAGUACAGGAGGUGUGUGACCUCUGUGCCAGCAAUGGGGUGGCGAGAACUGACGAUUGACCUACUGCUACUGCUGUUGUUGGUGUCCCAUCUGGAGGCUGUGAGCUUUCCUGAGGACAACAUCCCUUUAGACGUUGUGGACCGACACUAUGCACGACAGUACCCCGUGUUCCGUGGACGCCCCUCUGGCAACGAAUCUCAGCACAGACUGGACUUUCAGCUGAUGACCAAGAUACAUGAUACGCUUUUCAUCGCAGGCAGGGACCAGGUGUAUUUAGUGAGUCUGAGAGAGUCCUACAGGAAUGAGAUUAUUCCAUACAGGAAGCUGACGUGGCGGUCGGGGCAGGCGGACAGGGAGACAUGUGCCAUGAAGGGAAAGCACAGAGAUGAGUGCCAUAAUUUCAUUAAAGUCCUGGUUCCGAGAAACGAUGAUCUUGUGUUCAUCUGCGGAACAAAUGGCUUCAACCCCAUGUGCCGUUACUACAGGUUGGAUAACUUGGAGUUUGAUGGGGAAGAGAUCAGCGGUUUGGCCCGAUGCCCGUUUGACGCCAAGCAGACGAACGUUGCCCUGUUUGCUGAUGGUAAACUGUACUCAGCGACGGUGGCAGACUUCCUGGCCAGCGAUGCUGUGAUUUAUCGCAGCAUGGGAGAUGGUUCUGCUCUUCGCACCAUCAAGUAUGACUCCAAGUGGUUAAAAGAGCCACAUUUUCUCCACGCCGUGGAUUAUGGGGAUUUUGUCUACUUCUUUUUCAGAGAAAUCGCUGCUGAGCACAACAACUUGGGAAAGGCGAUUUACUCCAGAGUGGCUCGGAUCUGUAAAAAUGACAUGGGAGGGUCUCAGCGGGUGCUGGAAAAACACUGGACAUCUUUUGUUAAGGCUCGCCUGAACUGUUCCGUUCCUGGAGAAUCGUUUUUCUACUUUGACGUCCUCCAGGCUAUUACGGAUAUCAUCGACAUUAAUGGGGUGCCUUCUGUGGUUGGAGUUUUCACCACCCAGUUGAACAGUAUCCCUGGCUCUGCGGUGUGUGCGUUCUCCAUGGUGGACAUUGAGAAUGCAUUCCAUGGCCGUUUCAAAGAGCAAAAGACGCCAGAUUCAGUGUGGACGCCAUUUCCAGAGGAGAAGCUGCCAAAGCCCAGACCUGGCUGCUGUGCGGGACAUGGUUCUGCAGAGUCUUACAAAACCUCAAUCGAGUUUCCAGACGAGACCCUUCAGUUCAUUAAGUCACACCCACUCAUGGACGCCUCAGUCCCCUCCAUUGGAGACGAACCGUGGUUCACCAAAACAAGAGUCAGGUACAGGCUCACGGCACUCGCCGUUGAUAACACUGCAGGACCCCAGAAGAAUUACACGGUGGUUUUCAUUGGCUCUGAGGCAGGCAUGGUCCUAAAAGUUCUGGCUAAGACGUCCCCACUGUCUUUGAAUGACAGCAUCCUAUUAGAGGAGAUCGAUGUUUUCAACCAAGCCAAGUGUUUAUCCAGCAAUGAGGACGAUCGGCGAAUUCUGUCUUUCCAUCUAGAUAAAGACACCCACACACUCUAUGUGGCCUUUUCCAGCUGUGUGGUCAGAAUACCACUCAGCCGCUGUGAACGACACAGUUCCUGUCAAAAGUCUUGUAUUGCAUCUAGAGACCCCUACUGCGGCUGGAUGUCACAUGGAGCUUGUGAGCGCAUUCCUGCAGCUGUGCAAACUGGUUAUGAGCAAGAUGUUGAAUACGGCAACACAGCUCACCUCGGCGAUUGUCAUGAAUUUUUGGCCACUACAUCAGCGCCAGAUUUCAAAUCAUAUGGCGACCCAACCUCUGACAUGGAGUUGCCAUCAUCGUCAGUCACAGUGCCCGCGACCUCUGAACCCAUACAAUCACCCCAAACCAUCCCCACUCAGAUUCCCCAACUCUUUGGCUCACGGAAAUUUGUGCUCCAAGAUGACCCAGCCACUUCACGUUCUGUUGAGCAUAUACCAGGUGUGCUGGAGGGUGUGUGGGAAAUACAAGCAGGUGAAUCUAACCAGAUGGUGCAUAUGAAUAUCCUUAUCUCCUGUGUGUUAGCUGCAUUCCUGCUCGGUGCAUUCAUCGCUGGCAUGGUCGUUUACUGCUAUAGAGAUGCUUUCCUUCGCACUCCACGCAAGAUCCAAAAAGAUGCAGAGUCAGCACAGUCAUGCACUGAUUCCACUGGCAGCUUUGCCAAGCUAAACGGUCUGUUCGACAGUCCUGUGAAAGAGUACCAACCCAAUAUGGAUACUCCCAAACUUUACACCAACCUGUUGAGCAAUGGGAGGGAGGUGCCAACCACCGGAGACACUAAGACGAUGCUCUUGAGUGGGCAGCCACCAGAACUAGCAGCACUGCCUACACCCGAGUCCACACCAGUGCUGCAACAAAAGAGCCUUCAGCCAAUUAAGAACCAAUGGGAGAGAGCUCAUGGAAAGAUAAGUGGCUCCCGCAAAGAUGGGCCACCCAAAAGCCAGCAGUACCUUCCUUCCAGUCCCCCACCCCAUUCCACUGUCAGCAGCCCCCACAUCCCCAGUGCUGUGGUACUGCCCAAUGCCACACAUGAGAACAGGGCAGCCUUCAGUACUUCUGAAGGGCCUCGGGCAGAAAAGAAGAUCCAGAAUAGUGAUCAACAUGGUUCCAAAUCUGGCCGUAAAGACCAGCGGCGUACUGUGGAUGCCAAGAACACACUGAAUGACCUCUUGAAGCACCUCAAUGAGAGCAACCCCAAGGCUAUCAUGGUGGAGAUGCCCAAAUCCCGACAGCACCUAAUGCUGGAACCCAUUGUAAGCCCAACGGAGAUUCCACCCAAAGUCCCAAGCCGAGAGGCCUCCUUGUACUCUCCCUCUUCCUCUUUACCCAGGAAUAGCCCAACCAAGAGACUGGAUGUGCCAACUACACCAACAUCGCCCACAGGGCAGAUGGGCACUCUCGAGAGACAGCGGUAUCACCGCAGUUCAUCCCAGCGACACUCCAUUUCCUCGCCGCCCAAAGGGCUGCACUCACCUGGCGGGGUAAUAGUGUCCCGGCAACCUAGUUUGAACAGAGGUGGGUACAUGGCCCCAACUCCUACCCCACCCACUAGACUAGACUCUCACGGGGUACCAAUGGCUAUGACACCUUCCAUGUCCCGGCAGAGCAGCUACAGUGGUCAUGGGUCUUUACCACGAACAUCCAUCAAACGGACCGCAUCGUUAAAGCCCGAUGUGCCAGCCAAACCCAAUGGCUUUGCACCACAGACUGCACAAAUGAGGGCUGUAAACAAGUAUAGCUACUGAAAUGCUUAGCAGGAUCUUACUCUAUGAAUGGACAGUGGGAGUAAAAGUGUUUGGCCCGCAGAGAUAUGGCGUGCCAGUCUCUGUUCCCUAUGAAGGGAAAUGAAUCGGAUGCCAGAGCUUCUGUUUCGGGUAGUUGUGCUAUUUCUCAAUGACGUUGUCCUGUCACGCUUGAGUGGCGGCAGGGACGCCUGAGGUCAUAGGUCACAGCUGACAUGCAGCAUAAAGCAGCUGCAUAGUUGCUGCGGCUAUCGGGCAGCGUAUGCUCCCUAUGCACUGUUCUCCCCAUCAAUGUGAACCAUAUUUGUUAGACUGUUUGGAAAAUAUGAUAUUCUUGCUUGGAUAUCUCUCCAGAAGACAGACAGAGUGAAAGGGACAUGUUGCGUGUCUGUGUUUGAUUAGUCCCUGGGGCUAACCAGUGUGCAUUCAUUGACCAUGUUUUUUUCAGUAAACUGAGAACAAGCUUGAGUCAUCGCUGUCAUUAAACUAAAUCCCAUUUAAGGUGCAUUAACAUCAGAUGUGUUUGGACACAGAAGUCAAGACAUUAAUUAAUCAUUUCUGUGUGCAAAAGAAAUGUCCAGGGCUCCUGCUUGGACUACUGAUUUUAAAACUCACAGGGUAAAAGUGCCCUCAACAUUUGUGCUGCUAAGUGUAGACAAUGACAAUGUUUAACAGACUCCAGUGUGGCAUUCCAUGCAACAGUUCUGUGUGUCAAGCUGCAUCAAGCUUUUAAACCCACAGGCUCAGCACAGGAUCACGCUGGUCAAAUGUACAUUAUUCUCUUUGGUCAUUUUUAGUUUCAGAAAAUCACUGGGAAUCUUGUAAUCCCAUAAAGUCAAUUUUCAACUAUGAUGUAAGGCAGAUCAUUGAUUAACCUCUCUCCUUUCCUACAUGCCAAGUACUGCUGUUGGGUCUAUGAAGUGCAAGACCAUUUUUGUCUCCUUUUACGUUCUUGAAUAUUCCUUGCAGUUUAAACCAUUUCAGAAAGCUUACUUUUUGAAUCCUGGGCAAAGUAUUACAUAAAACUGCAAACAGCACAUUCCUUACUACAAACCACUUUUCAGCUCUGUGACAAAACCCAGCUUCAGCUCCAUACAUUGUUUAAAAGAACAGAGGCCUCAAUUGCAUACUCACUAUAAGUGUACAAUCACUGCAAUACCUACCAGUGUGUCUUGCAGAGUCGUGCCAGUGAUAGAGUUAUUGUGAAUAUACAGCUAUUUAAGUGUGGAUAUUUUCAAGGUAAGUUUACCUGGAUCAGUAUAUUUGUGUGCCUUAUUAAAGUAAUGAGAGCGCAGUUUGGUUUUCCACAUUGCACUAACAUCAAACAAAUAAUUUUUGGUUGGAUAUGAGCAGAGAUGCAACCCAAGGGUGAAAUUUUAGGAAACGGUCAUUGCAAAAUCCAUACCAACUGACCAGUAAUCUGAAUAUCUGGAGUGGGGGCAGGUGCAUCCCCUCAAUAUUUUCAGUGGUUACGGCCCUGGAUGGGAAGACCAUAAUAUGGCUGGACCUGCCAUUUUAUACUUAUGCAUUUCUGGAAGGUGCUAAUUUGCGAUGAUGCCAUGCCAUGUAAUGAAUGUACUGUAAAUCUAAAAUGUAUAUAACCUGACUCUCAGCUCACUAUAUUUCACAAAAUUUAAUGGGGUCAAAUCGAAAUUUGAGUGUUUUUUUGAGAGGGUCAUCUACGAUUAGAGAAAUUAUUGGGAAUUUCAGUAUAUUGAGGGGAAACUUGCCUGAUCAAGCCCAAAGCUUCAUGUUUGUUUACAUGUUCUGAUUGUAUUAGAGCAGCUGAGCGGAGACUGGCGCAUCAUCACCUGCUAAAGUUCAGUUUUAUUAAAGGAGAGAGAGUUGAUCCUGUGCUCUGGUUCAGGUUGUCCUGUGUUGAGCUGCCUUGUAUAUUGCAAUAUAAAUCUGCAAUCUGACUUCAAGCCUUUAAUGUUCAGUCACUACUCUAUGUGCAAAGAAACCAGACUGGUCUUUAUUUUUAAUACUGUGCAAACAUUGGCAGUUGGAAUACAGCUUUUCUUUUCUGGAAUAUUUUAAUGUGUAGAUAUUGUAAAGCUGUACUGUGAAAGUGUAAAUAAUUACAGUCAUUGUUUAAGAAUAUUUUUGUUGACUUUUUUUUAACACGGCAUGUAUAGUUUAAAUAAAAUAUUACUGCACAGAA